GGCGCGCGGGCGGGCCCCGCCGGCCCCGCGGCCCCGGCCGGCCCCGCGGCCUGCGGCGGGCCCGCGGGCGGCUGCCGUGGUGGGUCCCCGGGGCCGGUGGGAGGAGGAAGAGCGCUCGCCCAACCAGAGCGUGUCAGCCUUUUCCUCCCCGCCAGGCUGUAAGCCGACCACAAAGGAGCUGGAGUUCAACUGAGGCUGCCGCCGCCUCGCGCGGAGCGGUGGGUUCCUCUCUUCAAACCCGGAAUGCCGAGCUCCCCCCUUCCACCGAGAGACGGUCCCGCUGUGCCGCCGCAGUAGCACGGGGCGAGGCGAGGCGCGGCUUAGCUCGGGCAGCCAAGCUGUGAAAAAUCUUGAACAGCAGCGAAAAGAGAAAGGACGAGCGCUGCGCAUCACCUCGGCACUUCCUUGCUCGCUCCGCUGUAGCAUACAAAGCUACCCAGCUGUAGCCUUCGGGUCACCGAGGAGUCACACUUCUGAAACCGCUAAGUGAGAUGUCUCAACUCCCGUGGAUGAGCUGUUCUGAAAACCUUCGGUAAAAGCACGCGAAGGACCGGAGAAAGAAGCCAAAGGAGACAGGAUUUUAAGAAGUUCUUUGCAGAAGAGUAUUUGACCAGAAGCAGAGGAUCAUGAUGACAAAAUUCAUCUAUUUAAUGCUAAUAGCUCUUGUGGGAGCUACUGCAAGCAAAACACAAGAAUUUGAAGGCAAUGAGGAGGAAACAGAACAAGAAUUCAUUUAUAUGAACAGAUAUAAGCGUUCCAGUGACACACAGGACAAAUGCACUUACACCUUUAUUGUACCUCAACAGAGAGUUACAGGUGCCAUUUGUGUUAAUUCUAAGGAGCCUGAAGUUCUACUUGAAAACAGGGUAAAUAAACAAGAAUUACAGCUACUUAACAAUGAACUUCUUAAACAAAAGAGACAAAUAGAAACUCUCCAGCAACUGGUAGAGGUGGAUGGUGGGAUUGUUAAUGAGGUUAAACUCUUAAGAAAAGAGAGCAGAAAUAUGAAUUCUCGUGUCACACAACUCUAUAUGCAGUUAUUACAUGAAAUUAUCCGAAAACGUGACAACGCCUUAGAACUUUCUCAACUUGAGAAUAAAAUUUUGAACCAAACUGCAGAUAUGUUGCAGCUUGCUAACAAAUACAAAGACUUAGAGCACAAGUACCAACAUUUGAUGUCAAUUGCCAAUAAUCAGUCAAUAAUAAUUGCCCAACUGGAAGAACACUGUCAAAGAAUGCCAUCCAUAAAGCCACUGCCACAGACUCCACAGCCACCAAAUAAAGUGUACCAGCCUCCUACUUACAAUCGCAUAAUUAACCAGAUAUCUACUAAUGAGAUUCAGAGUGAUCAGAACUUAAAGGUUCUGCCACCUACCUUACCAACCAUGCCUGCAGUUACUAGUAUUCCGACUUCAACUGAUAAACCAUCUGGGCCCUGGAGAGACUGCCUACAAGCAUUAGAAGAUGGCCACGAUACAAGCUCCAUCUAUCUUGUAAAACCAGAAAACACAAACCGGCUUAUGCAGGUCUGGUGUGAUCAACGGCACGACCCUGGUGGCUGGACAGUCAUUCAGAGGCGGCUGGAUGGCUCUGUCAACUUUUUCAGGAACUGGGAGACAUACAAGCAAGGAUUUGGUAAUAUAGAUGGAGAAUAUUGGCUCGGAUUAGAAAAUAUUUACUGGUUAACAAAUCAAGGCAACUACAAACUGCUCAUAACAAUGGAAGACUGGUCAGGUCGAAAAGUCUUUGCUGAGUACGCUAGCUUCAGACUGGAGCCAGAAAGUGAAUAUUACAAGUUGAGACUGGGACGCUACAAUGGCAAUGCAGGAGAUUCUUUCACUUGGCACAACGGUAAACAGUUCACCACGCUGGACCGAGACCAUGAUGUAUACACAGGUAACUGUGCUCACUACCAGAAGGGAGGAUGGUGGUACAAUGCAUGUGCUCAUUCAAAUCUCAAUGGAGUGUGGUAUCGUGGAGGACACUACCGCAGCCGAUAUCAGGAUGGUGUUUACUGGGCUGAAUUCCGGGGGGGAUCAUAUUCACUAAAGAAAGUUGUUAUGAUGAUAAGACCUAACCCCAACACAUUCCACUGAAAUAAUUCUUCCCUUGGUUUGCUUCCUUGUUCUAAAAAUCACAUAAAGCUGUAUUAUUAUCUGGGAUUAUCUUUUCAGAAAUGAGGAAUGUAAGAUAUUGUACAUUUAUUGCUAAGAUGUGAGGGCUUGUAUAUUGUAUUUUCAAGAAUCAUUCCAGGAAAAAAUAGCUGAAGAAAAAAAAAAGGAACUGAAAUGACAUAACAUUCAGAACACCUCUUGGUAAUAAAAGUAGUUAUAUUAAGCCUUUUAGAACUGGCAGUGUAGAUGGACUGUAGAUAAACUUUAGUUUUUAUUCCCUGUAAAUUAAGUUUGGAUGGUAAAAAUACUGCCACAACAUUUAAAUAUUUGUGUGUUAUAUUAUGUAUAAAUAUUCUCAAAUACAGGAAAUAUUACGAACUGUACAGUAAGAGUUUUAUUAUUAUUAUUAUGAGCAAUCAUUUGACACAGGAAAUCAUAUCCUUUGAACUGUGUAGCUGGUAUAUGUACAUUAGUGUGAUUAUUCUAAUUUAAUCUUUGUUAACUGCCAUGAAUAAAGUUAGUACUAUAUAAUUUGAUUUUGAGAGCAGAUACUCAAACCAUGUCGUGAUAAAUCCAGUCUCUCCACUUUGAGCAUUUUAAUUAUCUGCUCCUAUAAAUCAGAAUUCAACUUUGAUUGAAAUAUUUUAGAUUAAAAACACUAAUGAUUUUUCUUACCAAAAUGAAGUAGCUACUUGCAUAUGGAAAUUCAUCCAAAUUUACAACAGAUGUAAUAUGAUGUAUAGCCAACAAGUUGUAUUACACCACAACUGUCACAGUAUUUUGUACCUGACUUCAGUUAUUAGCUUCUUUGUAGCCUCUGUAAUCAGAAAUGGCUGGAUAUAAAUUAAAGGGACUAUCCAACUUUGCAGGCAAAUGAUGGAUACCAGUACAUAAGCUAUUUGAUAUCCUUAGCCAGUAGAUGAAAAUUAUAUGAAGUUAUCUGUAGCCAAGAGAAGUUAAAUUUACCAUAUUUCACAAUUAUAACGUAUUACUGUCAAAUUAUUAAAUAGAUUUACUCAUCUGUAUUUAGAGGUCAGUCACAACUAUGAAAUGCUGACUGGGAUAAUUCUAAUAAUCUUCUGAGGUAGGUUUCUAAAUCAGAUUGUUACAACACCCAUUUCAAAACUGCAACUACUACAAAAAAAUAUGUGAAAGAAUGUAUAUAAGAGGGAGAGCAAAAGCCUCUAGAAGUUCAAUACGCUUUUCAGUAAGUCCGUAAUACACUUAAUGUGCGUUUGUGUGCAUGUGCUUGCACACUCCUUCCCUUAUUACCUCAUCACUUCUUUACAACAGUAUGAUGUGCAUUAAACUGACGUGUCAUGUAGCAUGUGUUGUAUAUAACUGAAAGUAGGGUUUUUAAUAUAUUAGAUUACCCCUGUAAUAUUGUAAUCCUUUAAUAAAGCAACAAAUGUUAUUUUGA